GCGCAGGAUUUAUUUCUCUGCCGUGACUUCCAACCUGUGAAUAAAUACCACUUUUAGAGAGAGAAUGGGACCUGAAAAGACUCUCGAGCACUGAGCAGAGGGGCACAGCAGCCCGAUGACUUGUCUUUUCCCUGCAGCUUGUUGCAUAUCUCAUCAGGCUUUCCUGACUACAGGUUUAUUUCUGUAACCUUUCCCACCAGGACUCUGGGUCAGUCUGGUAACAUUUGUAAUAGAGCUGACUCGGUGCUGAUUUGCUUUCAUGAGAAAUUAAACCCACAAAACUUUGAAACCAAACAGGCUGAAAAUCAAAUAAAAUCCAAUACAAUUAAAAUGGCAGGUGACUCUAGGUUUCCAGAUGUGGACACUGAUGGAUCAGAAAAAAAUGAAGAAACUGAGAUUGUAGUCAAUGUCGGUGGGGUAAGGCAGGUGUUCUACGGAGAUAACUUGAAUCAAUACCCAGAAACACGGCUGGCAGAGCUGAUCAACUGCUUAUCAGGGGGAUAUGAUAGCAUAUUCUCCCUCUGCGAUGACUAUGAUCCUGGAAAGAGAGAGUUUUACUUUGACAGAGAUCCAGAUGCUUUCAAAUGCAUUAUUGAUGUGUACUACUUUGGGGAAAUUCACAUGAAGAAAGGAAUAUGCCCUAUAUGUUUCAAGAAUGAAAUGGAAUUUUGGAAAGUAGAUUUAAAAUUUUUGGAUGACUGCUGCAAAACUCAUCUAAGUGAAAAAAAAGAGGAACUGGAAGAAAUAGCCCGAAGGGUACAACUGAUUCUGGAUGACUUGGGAGUGGAUGCCUCAGAAAGUCGCUGGAAAAGGUGCCAAAAAUACAUCUGGAAGUUUCUGGAGAAGCCUGAAUCAUCCUACCCCGCUCGAGUGAUUGCCGUCCUGUCCUUUCUGUUUAUUUUGAUCUCCUCUGUCGUGAUGUGCGUGGGGACCAUCCCAGACCUGCAGGUUGUAGAUGCGGAAGGGAACCGUAUGGAGCACCCGACUCUGGACAGCAUAGAGACAGCCUGUAUAGGCUGGUUUACCAUGGAGUAUGUGCUGAGGCUAAUCUCCUCUCCCAACAAACUCCACUUUGUUCUGUCUUUCAUGAACGUUGUUGAUGUGCUAGCAAUACUUCCUUUCUAUGUCAGUCUGACCUUGACCCACUUGGGAGCCAAGCUCAUGGAGCUGAGCAACGUCCAGCAGGCUAUCCAGGCGCUGCGCAUCAUGAGGAUCGCCAGGAUUUUCAAGCUUGCACGGCACUCCUCCGGGCUCCAGACUCUGACCUAUGCCUUGAAACGCAGCUUUAAGGAGCUUGGGCUCCUCCUCAUGUACUUAGCUGUUGGAAUCUUUGUCUUUUCUGCCCUGGGUUAUACCAUGGAGCAAAGUCACCCCGAAACUUUAUUUAAAAGCAUCCCUCAGUCAUUUUGGUGGGCAAUCAUUACCAUGACCACAGUUGGAUAUGGAGACAUCUACCCGAAAACAACACUAGGAAAACUGAACGCUGCUAUCAGUUUUCUUUGUGGGGUAAUAGCGAUCGCCCUUCCCAUCCACCCCAUCAUUAACAACUUUGUCAGGUAUUAUAACAAACAGAGAGUUUUAGAAACAGCUGCCAAGCACGAGUUGGAGCUGAUGGAGCUAAACUCAGCCGAGGGGAAAGCUGCAAGCUCCAAAAGUGAACUAGAGGAUCUUGCAAGGGAAGGCAAGGAGGAUCCUUUUCAUAGCAGCCGGCUAAAAGUCUCCCACAGUGACACCUUUAUUCAUCUCCUGUCAGAAGACAAACACUAUAGGACCAGGCUUCAAAGCUGCAAAUAAACUGUGAGCUGUUGCCAGAGCUAAGCUACAGAUCAGGACAAGCUGACAGCUAUUGAAAAGACUCGUGGGAUCUAUCAGAGUUGGGAGGGAGCACUGCUUUGCUUUUCCAACGUGAAUGUAAAUUAACCCCAAGGUAUCUCCAUCAACAGUUGGUAAGACUUUGCCGUUAUUACCCAAAAUAAAAUAGUAGGACUCCAUUGAGAUCAGACUGCUUAUAAUGAGUGUGUUCCAACAAAAACCAUUUGUAACCAUUUUAGAGACUGAAAAGUCCUUCUUGAUCAGUAAAUGUUCAAUGACCUGAAUGUUCAGCAUUGACACAUCAGAACUCUGUACCUGUGACAAUAAAGAGCAGCAUUGCACAGAUUGUG